AUGGCGGACCAAAAUAUCUCUCAGUAUAAGUAUUCGGCGAUGUCCAACCUGGUUCUCCAGGCGGACCGUCGUUUCGUCAGUCGCACCCAUGACGAACCUACAGGAGACCCGGAGUCUCUCGCGGGUCGCAUUGGGAUCCGGGAGAUGGGUGGACGAGUCCAACGUGAUAACGCGCCAAAAUCCAAGAAGACAGCUCCGGCAGGGCUCGAGCGAGGUGCAAUUGGCGAGGGCGAAGAUGUGCUUUUACGUGAACAGAAGAAGCGUCAGCGCGGACAACCAGCACAACUACGGGGCCAGGGCAUCCUUUCAGCAGCCGAUGCCUUCGUCGAAGGCUUGAAAUACCGACCUCGCACACCCGCUACGCGCGCAACAUACGACCUUAUCCUCACAAUCACCGGGAGCCAACUAGGCGACGUCCCUCACGAAGUCGUUCGAAGUGCCGCCGAUGCUGUCCUAGAAUUACUCAAAGAUGAAGACAUGAAAGAUUUUGAUAAGAAGAAGGAAAUCGAUGAUCUUUUGGGAACAUCAAUGAACCCCAAAGAAUUCAACGAGCUGGUGAACCUAGGCAAGAAGAUCACAGAUUACGAUGCCCAGGACGAUGAAGAAGAAAUGGAAGGGGGUUUUGACGAAGAAAGUGGCGAACUCGAUGAACGCCAAGGUGUUGCCGUCGUUUUUGACGAAGACGAAGACGAAGACAACAUGGGAACAUUGGACGAAGUCCGAGAUGAGGAUGAGCUGAGCGAGGAGGAAGAAGCGGACGAAGAAGACCGGGCGGAAACCGACAAUGUCCCAGCUGCCGAGGACGAAGAUGGUGACGAAAUGGUCAUCGAUGGAGGCCUUGGUCGAACCGACAAAGCCGCAGACAAGGCUGGGCUGAAAGUCUCCGCUCGCGAGAUCGAUGCUUACUGGCUACAACGCCAAAUCGGUGCCAUAUACACAGACCCUCACACACAACACGAGAAAACCGACGAGGCGCUUGAGAUUCUCGGUGGAAAGGACGAGGAUGGAUCACCAAGAGCAUUACGUGACGUUGAAAAUGACCUCAUGGAAUUGUUCGAUUAUGACCAUCCUGAACUUGUUGCUAAAUUAGUCACCAACCGCGACAAGGCCGUCUGGGUCACCCGCUGGAGGAGAGCCGCCGAGGACGCAGAUGCCCGAAAUCUCGUGGAGAUUGAGAUGGUUGAAGCCGGACAACGUGCAAUCCUCGAUGAAAUCCGCGGCAAAGAAGCCGAGGAAUCUGGAGCACGACCUGACAAGAAAAUCAAGUUGGACUUAAUGGAUGUCGAUGUUCCUUCAGGCCCGACCCCCGACGAGAAGAAACCUGAAGGUGGUCAAGCUGGCAUUCUGCAACCCAAGAAAACGAUUAACUUGGAGAACCUUAUCUUCCACCAGGGCAAUCACCUUAUGACCAAUCCCAAUGUUAAGCUUCCUCAGGGCUCGACCAAGCGCGCAUUCAAGGGAUAUGAAGAAAUUCAUGUGCCACCGCCCAAGGCUAAGAAAGAGGCGGGAGAGAAGAAUAUCCCGACCACAGAGUUGCCAGAGUGGGCCCGUGUAGGCUUCGGAACCUCCAAGGAACUCAACCGUAUACAGACGAAGUGUUAUCCGUCGGCGUUCCACGAUGACGGCAAUUUGCUCGUCUGUGCUCCCACGGGCUCCGGCAAGACGAAUGUUGCUAUGCUUACGAUACUUCGAGAAAUUGGGAAGAAUCGCAACCCUGAGACGGGGGAGAUCAUGCUCGACGAUUUCAAGAUCAUCUACAUCUCCCCUUUGAAGGCUCUGGUUCAAGAGCAAGUCGGAAAUCUUGGCAAGCGCCUGGAACCUUAUGGGGUUCGAGUCUCCGAACUUACAGGUGAUCGUCAGCUCACCAAGCAACAAAUCGCCGAUACCCAAGUUAUUGUCACCACCCCUGAAAAGUACGACGUCGUCACCAGAAAGGCGUCUGAGACCAGCUACACCAACCUUGUCCGCCUCAUAGUCAUUGACGAGAUUCACCUUCUCCACGAUGACCGUGGCCCGGUCCUUGAGAGUAUCGUCAGUCGAACGAUUCGCAGAACCGAGCAGACUGGAGAGCCGGUGCGAAUCGUGGGUCUCAGUGCCACCCUUCCAAACUAUCGUGACGUGGGGAGCUUCUUGCGUGCGGAUCCCAUCAAGGGCAUAUUCCAUUUCGAUGGCAGCUACCGUCCUUGUCCUCUCAAACAGGAAUUCAUUGGUGUCACCGACAAGAAGGCCAUCAAGCAGUUGAAGACGAUGAACGACAUUUGCUAUACCAAGGUCAUGGAGCAGGUCGGUCAACACCGAAACCAGAUGCUUAUCUUCGUCCACUCUCGCAAGGAAACGGCCAAAACGGCUAAGUACAUCAGAGACAAGGCCCUUGAAAAUGAAACCAUUGGCCAGAUCUUGCGCAGUGACGCUGCCAGUCGUGCUAUUCUCUCCGAAGAAGCAGACUCUGUGGAUGAUGCAAACCUGAAGGAUCUCAUGCCGUACGGCCUCGGUAUCCACCACGCUGGUCUGAGUCUUGCCGAUCGUGACUCUGUUCAGGCUCUUUUCGCUGAUGGAAGUCUCCAGGUCCUUGUUUGCACAGCGACAUUGGCCUGGGGUGUCAACCUUCCCGCACACACCGUUAUCAUCAAGGGGACCCAGGUUUACUCUCCGGAGAAGGGCGCUUGGGUCGAAUUGAGCCCACAAGACGUUUUGCAAAUGCUGGGACGUGCUGGUCGGCCGCAAUAUGAUACUUUCGGUGAAGGUAUCAUCAUCACAUCGCAAGCUGAAAUCCAAUACUAUCUGUCGCUUCUGAAUCAGCAACUCCCGAUCGAAUCGCAGAUGGUCAGCAAAUUGGUGGAUAACCUGAAUGCAGAGAUUGUGCUUGGCAACGUUCGCACCCGUGAUGAAGGUGUGGAUUGGCUAGGCUACUCCUACCUUUACGUUCGCAUGCUACGGUCACCUGGUCUGUACAGCGUUGGCGCCGAUUACCAGGACGAUGACGCCCUGGAGCAGAAGCGAGUCGAUCUUAUUCACUCCGCUGCUGUGGUCCUUGAGAAGGCCGGUCUCGUCAAGUACGAGAAAAAAACUGGGCGUCUGCAGUCGACUGAGCUCGGACGUAUCUCUUCGCACUACUACAUUGGUCAUAACUCAAUGCUUACAUACGCUCAACACCUCCAACCCUCUAUUACGACCAUUGAGUUAUUCCGAAUCUUCGCUCUGAGCGACGAGUUCAAAUACAUACCCGUUCGCCAGGAUGAGAAGCUUGAGCUUGGAAAGCUUCUUGGUCGCGUGCCCGUGCCUGUGAAGGAGACCAUCGAUGAGCCCCAUGCGAAGAUCAAUGUGCUUUUGCAAGCUUACAUCUCUAGACUCAAACUUGAGGGUCUUGCACUGAUGGCAGAUAUGGUUUAUGUUACCCAGUCAGCCGGACGUAUCAUUCGCGCGAUCUACGAGAUUUGCUUGAAGAAGGGCUGGGCCUCCGUGGCCAAGACUGCGCUCGAUCUUUGCAAAAUGGCCGAGAAGCGUAUGUGGCCCACCAUGUCUCCCCUUCGUCAAUUCCCUCACUGCCCAAGAGAUGUUUUGCAGAAGGCGGAACGCAUUGACGUCCCUUGGAGCAGCUACUUCGACCUGGAUCCUCCCCGCAUGGGUGAGCUUCUCGGUAUGCCCAAGGCUGGACGUUCUGUGUGUGAUUUGGUAUCCAAGUUCCCUCGACUCGAUGUUCAAGCCCAAGUGCAGCCCAUUACAAGAUCCAUGCUGCGUGUGGAGUUGACCAUUUCCCCGAAUUUUGUCUGGGAUGACGAGAUACACGGCAAUGCCCAGGAUUUCUGGAUCUUAGUCGAGGACUGUGAUGGAGAGGAGAUCUUGUUCCACGAUCGAUUCUUGCUUCGUGCUGAGUUCGCGAAGUCCGAGAUGAACGAACAUCUUGUUGAAUUCACUGUUCCUGUGACUGAGCCAAUGCCGCCGAACUACUUCAUCUCACUGGUGUCUGAUCGAUGGAUGCAUUCUGAGACGAAGAUUGCCGUAUCUUUCCAGAAAUUGGUUCUUCCCGAGCGCUUCCCUCCCCACACGCCUUUGCUUGACAUGCAGAGUGCGCCAGUAAAGGCACUGAAGCGGGAUGAUUAUCAAGCAUUGUACCCAGAAUGGCAGCAGUUCAAUAAGAUUCAGUCUCAGGUUUUCAAAUCACUAUUUGACACCGACGACAAUAUCUUCAUCGGUGCUCCCACUGGAAGUGGAAAGACUGUUUGCGCUGAGCUGUCCCUUCUUCGUCACUGGUCGAAGCAGGAAAGCGGCCGCGCAGUUUACAUUGCGCCGUUCCAAGAGUUGGUUGACCACCGAUUCGCUGACUGGCAGAAGCGGCUUAGCGGGCUGAGUGGAGGUAAAACCAUCGUCAAGCUUACAGGCGAGACCACAGCCGAUUUGAAACUUCUCGAACAGGCUGACCUUGUUCUUGCUACUCCUACCCAGUGGGAUGUGCUGUCUCGCCAGUGGCAGCGACGCAAGAAUGUUCAGACAGUGCAACUGUUCAUUGCUGACGAACUUCACUUGCUUGGCGGCUACGGUGGAUACGUGUAUGAAGUGAUCGUGUCUCGGAUGCACUACAUUGCUCUCCAGACUGAGAAUGAAAUGCGCAUUGUUGGCCUUAGCGUACCUCUUUCUAAUGCCCGGGAUAUCGGAGAAUGGAUUGGUGCUAACAAGCACACGAUCUACAACUUCAGCCCUCAUGCCCGUCCUGUACCUCUUGAGCUUCACCUUCAGUCCUUCAGCAUCCCUCACUUCCCCUCUGCCAUGCUCGCGAUGGCUCGACCAGCUUACCAAUCCAUCCUCCAACUCUCCCCUGACAAGCCCGCUUUGAUCUUUGUUCCAAGUCGCAAGCAGGUCCGGGCCACUGCCGCAGAUCUUCUUUCAGCUUGUGCUAUUGAUAACGAUGAAGACCGAUUCCUGAACGCUGACGCCAGCGAGCUUGCUCCACUGCUCGAGCGUAUCCACGAGCAGACCCUUGCCACCUCACUUUCUCACGGUAUCGGCUACUAUCACGAAGCCCUGAAUGCCACUGACAAGCGCAUUGUCACGCAUUUGUUCAGCAUCGGUGCGAUUCAGGUGCUGUUGGCUUCGCGAGAUGUGUGUUGGGAACUGAACGUUACGGCUCAUCUGGUUAUCGUUAUGAACACUCAGUUCUUUGAGGGCCGCGAGCAUCGCUACAUCGACUACCCCAUUAGCGAGAUCUUGCAGAUGUUUGGCAAAGCUUCUCGGCCCGGCGAGGAUAAGCUGGGACGUGGUGUUCUUAUGGUUCCAGCAGUGAAGCGUGAUUACUACAAGAAGUUCCUGAACGAGGCCUUGCCUAUCGAGAGUCACCUGCAGGUGUACCUUCACGAUGCCUUUGUGACCGAAGCAAGCACACGGACCAUUUCCUCCACGCAGGAUGCGGUUGAUUGGAUGACAUACACUUAUUUCUAUCGCCGCCUUCUUGCCAACCCAAGUUUCUAUGGCCUCAGCGACGUUAGUCACGAGGGCCUCAGCACGUUCCUGUCAGAGCUGGUGGAGAACACACUGAAGGAGUUGUCAGAGGCAAAGAUCAUUGACCUUGACGAGGAAGACGACAGUGUUUCGCCUCUGAAUGCUGCCAUGAUUGCUGCUUACUACAACAUCUCAUUCGUUACGAUGCAGACCUUCUUGUUGUCUCUCUCAUCUCGGACGAAGCUGAAGGGCAUCCUGGAGAUUGUCACAUCGGCGACCGAGUUCGAGACUGUCCAGAUGCGUCGCCAUGAGAAGCACAUUCUUCGCCGCGUGUAUGAUCGUGUGCCGGUCAAGAUGUCAGAGGUUUCUUUCGAUUCUCCUCACUUCAAGGCCUUCGUCCUUCUCCAGGCCCACUUCUCCCGCAUGCAGCUCCCUCUCGAUCUCGCCAAGGAUCAGGAAGACAUCGUUCGCAAGGUCCUUAACCUGCUCAGCGCUUGUGUGGAUGUUCUUUCUUCCGAGGGUCACCUCAAUGCGAUGAACGCUAUGGAACUGUCUCAAAUGGUUGUUCAGUCUAUGUGGGAUCGCGAUAGCCCGCUCAAGCAGAUCCCCCACUUCUCUCCUGAGGUUAUCAAGGUAGCCAACGAGUACAAGUAUGUAUCAUUCCUCACACCCAUGCAGACAUUUACUAAUCUCCCGUCGCGCAGCAUCAAUGAUAUCUUCGAGUUCAUGGAGGCCAUGGACCCGUCAGAGAACAAGGACUACGCUACUUUGGUCAAGCGUCUUGGCCUUGACAACAAGCAAUUGGCCCAAGCUGCAGCCUUUACGAAUGAGAAGUACCCCAACAUUGAGCUUGACUUUGAAGUCGAGGACCCCGAGAGUGUUACUUCUGGCGAACCUGCAUAUCUCAAGGUCAAGAUCGAGCGGGACAUCGAAGAGGACCAGGAACAUGACCCCACCGUCCAUGCACCGUUCUAUCCCAGCCAGAAAAUGGAAAACUGGUGGCUGGUCGUUGGUGAGGAGAAGACCAAGAACCUGCUGGCUAUCAAGCGGGUUACCAUUGGUCGCAAACUGGAGUUGCGUCUGGAAUAUGUUGUUCCUACGCCUGGAGAACAUGAGUUGACGCUCUACCUGAUGAGCGACAGCUACGUUGGUGUCGAUCAGGCUCCUACCUUCAAUGUGAAUGCAGCUGAGGGUAUGGACGAAGAUGAGAGUGAGGAAGAGGAGGAGUGA